AUGUCAAUAGAACAGCGCAAUUCACGGCUCGUUUUUAUACUUAAGGCCUCAGCCUCGAGUUUAGCGGGCAGCGGGGCGGGAGCGGCGGCGGCGCGGGAGCCCACGCCGUCCGCCAUCUCCGCCGCGCAGACAGACAGCGAGGAGCAGUCGCUGAAGCGGGAGACACUGCGCGAGAUAGAAGUGCGCGUGCUAAAGUACGCCGACGAGCUGGAGGCCGGUGCUCGCCCGCGCCGCGCCGGCCUGGCCGCGACCCAGCAAGUGCAACACUACCGCCGCAAACUCAUCAAGAAGGCGGCGCGUGAGGCGAAGGAUGCGGCGGCGGCGGCGGCGGCGGCGGAGGCGCGCGACUCGCCGGAACCGCGCCGGCGCUCGCCGGACGACGACGCCUACUCAACAUCAUCAAAAAAAUCAAAGAAAUCUCGGGAGCCCUCAUUAUCGCCACCACGAGAAAAGAGAUCUCGAUAUAGUGAAAGAAAAUCGCGGUCUCGCUCGAGGUCACGGGAAAGGGAGCGUUCGCGGGAGCGGGAGCGGGAGAGGUCGCGGGAGCGGGAGCGCCGGCGCCGCUCGCCCGCCACGCCGCCCGCCCACCACCACCGCAAACAUCCCAAGCACGCCAAGUACAAGUACUGAGCCCGCCCGAGAGAAACGACGUUGAGCCAGCGUUCACUGUAAAUAUAUUAUGUCGACUGAUA